AGAAAGUGGAGAGAGAAAGAGGAGAGAGAAAGAGAGAGACCAAAGCAGUAUAGAAUAGAAGAAACAGAGACGCUGUUGUUGUUGUUGUUGUUGUUGUUGUUGUUGUGUGUGUGAGAGAAGAGAGAGAAAGAAACCCCUUAAAUCCGAACCUGUUUCUCACUCUAGUUUCUUCAUUCACACGCUUUUCAUCGAAACCUUUCAUUCUGUGUUUUGAGAGAGAGAAGGUUUUCCAGAUUGCGUCCUUUUUGGCCUCGUUUGGUCCGUACAAUGGAACGGUACGGCCGAGUGAAUGAAGGGUCGCAAUCUGAUCCGACGCCGGAAUGGACUGUUGCUGCUGGUGAGGCCACGAAUGAAGGGUAUGGAUUGGUGGGUGUUGAAUCGUAUCCUCUGCGGCCUGAUGAAGCUGAUUGUAUCUAUUAUUUGAGGACGGGUUUUUGCGGUUAUGGUUUGAGGUGUCGGUUUAACCAUCCACGUGACCGUGGCGCGGUUAUUGGAGCUGCGAGGAUUGCAGGGGAGUAUCCGGAACGAGUUGGACAGCCAGUGUGCCAGUAUUAUGUAAGGACCGGAUCGUGCAAAUUUGGUGCUUCAUGCAAGUAUCACCAUCCUAGACAAACAGCAGGAGCUACUGCCCCCGUGUCGCUAAAUCAUUAUGGAUAUCCUUUGCGAGUGGGUGAGAAAGAGUGUUCCUACUAUGUGAAAACAGGACAAUGCAAGUUUGGUGUAACUUGUAAAUUCCAUCAUCCACAGGCCACCGGUGUCCAAACCGGUGUCCAAUUGCUAGCACCAUCACCAGCUCCCCAAGUUACACCUCUGUCUAUGCCAGUUCAGGCACCAAUUUAUCAAACUGUACAGCCUCCACCCGGUCCUUCACAACAACAAUACAGUGUCCUGGUCGCGAGGCCACCUCUGCUGCAUGGCUCGUUUGUCCAGGGUCCCUACGGGCCUUUGGUAGUGUCCCCCACCAUGGUACCUUUUCAAGGUUGGAGCCCUUAUCAUCAGGCUCCAGCAGCAAGUCCUGUACUUCCUUCGAGUGCUCCGUUGAGUGUUGUUCCACCACAGAUUUAUGGGAUAACUCAGCUACCUUCACCGACAACUGUCUUUACUGGACAGUAUCAGCCUUCUGGUUCCUCAGCUGGUCCUUCAGGCAGUAGUCAGACUCAGAAGGAACACUCAUUACCCGAAAGGCCUGAUCAGCAGGAAUGUCAUCAUUACAUGAAAACGGGGGAGUGUAAAUUUGGUUCUUCAUGUAGAUAUCAUCAUCCGCGGGACACAGGUGCACCAAAAGUGAUCUUUAGUCCUGCCGGUCUUCCUCUGCGCCCGGGGGCACAACCUUGCACUCAUUAUACGCAGCGUGGAAUUUGUAAGUUUGGAUCUGCAUGCAGAUUUGAUCAUCCUAUAGGAUCCCUGAGUUACAGUCCAUCUGCUUCUUCCCUAGCUGAUAUGCCGGUUGCACCCUAUCCCGUUGGUUCCUCCAUUGGCACCCUUGCUCCAUCAUCCUCAUCAUCCGAGUUGAGGCCUGAACUUGCCUUAGGAUCCAGCAUAGAGUCCGCUUCAUCCAGAAUGUCAUCAUCAAUGAGCACAUCGACUGCAUUAGCUGGAUUGACUUUAUCGACUGUUCUACCGGUUUCUCUAUCAAGUAGCCAGCCAUCUGCUCAGAGUUCCAGUUCUUUAGCAACUCCCAGUGCCACCACAAGUAGCACUGUUCCUCACACCUCAAGCUAAGCAAUGUGAAUGUAUUCCUCAUUAUUUCUCCAUUCUAUCUCAAUUUUUCACUCGGCCCGUCUCAAAAAUAGUCUUUACUUUUAAGUUAUCAUCCCUUCAGGCCUAACACUCAUUGCACCAAACAAUUGUCUUUGUGUUCAUAUAAAUCUUUUCAUGGCCAUCUCUUUGAUCUUGAAUAAACCAUGGCCAUCAUACACGCACCUUCCUCUUUGAAUAACUUGAAGAGAAUCUGCAAGUCCAUUAUGCACAUGCCCAUCCACAUGUCUACUUUUCAUGCUUAUUUAUGCUUCAAACUUUUUUUUUGGUAUGAGAAAAUGUCCAGAACCAGAACUAGAACUAGAACCCUUUUUUGCAUUUGGGAAUAAUACUCUUUUCUGCUCAGAAGAUCCUUUUUGCUAUUAUUCCCAACACCGUGAAGAGAAGUGUGAAGAGAAGUUAUCAGGAGACAACAAUGAGGUUUCACAUUGCUAUCUUAUAUUACUUUCGAAUACACCGUGGAGUUGUGACAAGUAAAAUGCUUGACUUGUUGGUACUUAAAUUUAUUACAGAAAAUACAUAUAUCAAGAAAUAAUUUUCUCUCCCAUUUUAUCGGUGUACUAGUACUUGCCAAACUUUUGUGUGAGAUCUGGUGAUCUUUGGAGGGAUUUUUGUUGUUGUUAAUGUUGUUGUUGUUUCUCUUAUUCCCGCUCAUAAUAUUUGGUGAUGUUUGUUGUAAGACUAUUGUAUUACAAGUAGAAUAGACUUUACUCAUCUUUUGCAUCAUGAUAUGCAACAAUGCAGCAUGCAAUUGAAUUCUGAGUUGAA